AUGGGUUCCUUCAGCUCAAAGAAAAAACGCCAAAACCCCCCUGAACGGAACAAAGUCCCGGAAGAGAAGCCAUCAUUCCCUACGGACAGCUCAGCAAAAGAGGCCGACGAGAUACCAAUGACCUUUGGACAAAAAGGCAAACGAGUCGCCCUUCUUGUGACCGCCCCGGUAAGCGAAUCCUUUCAAAAUAUAGUUGAAGCAAUCGGAGGCAAGGUGCCGCCGAGUCCUCCUGUUGACUGGGACAGUCGGGACAGCGAUGCCUUGCCGAACCUCACGUCGCGGCUCAAGUUCACCACGCACUACGCUCUCUGCGUGAUCGACAGUGAAAGAUGGGAUGACACCUCCUUGACCUUGAAGCAGCGGUUUACUGGUGCAAAGUUCUGGGACCAUCCAGGAGACUCAACCAAAUUGGCAUCUUCGAGAAGCAGUGCGAGUAACAGCAGCAGUGAGCCGACAGAGCUAAAUGCAUGCGUAGUGUGGGAUAUAGGCUUGAUCAAAGAGAUAGAUAGUAGACAGGAAAUCGGUCGAACAGACAUGAGUGACGAGGAAAUCUCGGAGGGCAGGUAA